AGAUGAUGGAGCUGCUGACUGGAGAGGUUCCUGUAAGGUGUCAGGAGGUGGCGGUCUAUUUCUCCAUGGAGGAGUGGGAGUAUGUAGAAGGACACAAGGAUCUGUACAAGGAGGCCAUGAUGGAGGCUUCCCGGCCUCUGACAUCACCAGAUGGAUCCAGGAGGAGAAAUCCCCCGGAGAGAUGUUCCCGUCCUAUGUGUUCCCAGGACUGUCCAGAGGAGAAGCUCCCAGAGAACCAUCAGAUGACAAAUCAGGGGGAAGAUGUGACUGAUAUUAAAGUGGAGGAUGAAGAAGAGCGGAUGAUGGGCGAUCCCCCGUGUAAGAGUGAGGUGGAGGAGGACAUUCCAGUCCAUGUGACCACAGGUAUGGAAUCAUGAAUGGAGGAAGGGAGUUGGGAGGUUUCUUCAGGUGAGGC